AUGGAUUCAGGAUUCCACAAAGUCGGCCAUGGAGCUUCAACACUGUUCCUGCACGACGAGCACAUGCUCAAACAGUCACAUCUUGCUGGUGGCAUGCAACGAAAUGCAUUCUUGUCAGACAAGCUGAGCACCACCGAGAUGCUGGCGGAAGGGGAAAUCGAUGCGUUCCUUCAUCUAGCUGCUGACAUCGCAGCCCGUGGAGCGAAACCAAGCACUAGAAAGCAGUCUAGUCUGGUACUGAGAAUUCACACUCGAGACGACAAGCACCGUCAUGACUCUCCCUUGGCACCGAAAGGAGUCGCCGCAGGCAGUGGCUUCGUGUAUGCAAAAGAGCCAUCCUCCAGGGCCCUCGGUCAUGUCCUGCAGGUCAAAAGUUUCCACUAG